AGAAUACGUGUCCAAUGGUUGAAAGCGUAUUCCAGGUGGUUCGCCAAUCUAUUUUUUCCAAAUCCAUUUCCGCAAAGUAGGUCUGGAUCCGACGCAGCCGCAACCCCACGGCGCCGCCGCCAUGACCGACGCGCCGCCCGCUCCCGCCGGCGACUCGCCGCAACCAGAGAGCGGCGGGUCCAUCUCCUCCAUGGUGGCCUCCUCCGCGUCCUCCGCGGUGGCCGCGGCCGCCGACUUCACGCGCCGGGGCGAGGCCUUCGGGGCCGACGUGGCCGCCGCCGCCAGGUCCGCCGUCGACACCGCCCACGCCCACGCCUACUCCUCCGCCAUCGCCGCGUCCGACGCCGCCAACGCGGCCAUGGCCGGCGCGCUCGCCGCCGUCCCCACCCUCACCCAGGCCGCCAAGGGAGAGCUGGAAUGGGUGAAGAAGGAGUACUUUGCUCGUGAGCAGAUGGCGUUGGGCAAGAUCAAAGAGGGUGUCAUCAUGGCCAUCGAGCAUCCGGGCAUCGCCGCAGGCUCAGCCACGGUUGCAGGGAUCGUGCUGCUCAAAAGGCCAAGGAGCUACCUAAUCCAACGUGUACGGCGUGUAUUUGUCAGCAAGGAGACCCUACUUUCUGGCAUCCAGGCUGAAGUGAAUCACAUGCGGCAAACAGUCAACCUUAUGUCGAAUGAAAGCCAAAAACUGAUGGAUCGAGCUGCAACAGCAGAAAAAAGAUUCCAGAAAGGAUGGAAUACACUCAGGGAGGAAGGGCGUGCCAUUCAAAGUGAGUUGAAGCAAAUCAGUGAUAUUGAAAACCAAGCAGUAGGUCUCAAGGGAAUUCUCGAUCAGCUUCCAAGAGCACAUGCAUCUGAAUUUCGAUCAGAGAUUUCUGGCCUAGCCUCUCAGGUCAAGAAGGAGAAGCGUGUGCUCAACUCCGCCCUCACGAAGAUUGUGAAUUAUGGCGUCCCUAUCUAACCAUCUCCACCAUUGUCCCUGUGGCCACAUUUCUUCUUUUUAACCUCAUGGAACAUGAAGUACAAGCCAUUGUCAGACCUUCCGCAGAAAAUAUCCCCCCAAGAAAUGGAAGAAACAAUAAGUUUUGUCACUACUGUAAAUGCGCUUCUGCUGCGCUUAAUUCUGACUAGCGACUGAUGACACUCUGCGGUGUCUUUGUUUACGACAUUGGUUGAUGUAACUUUAAAUAUAUGCAUUUUGGUAUGGUUUGCAGUUCUCUCUUGGGAAUAUAUACUCCAAUUUUUUGGUUUC